AUGACUACACCUCACAAGUUAUGCAUGGUUCCAGGUCCCGUGGAAUUUCAUGAAGAUGUAUUAACUUCAAUGUCAACACCUGCCAAUUCACAUGUUUCACCUUCUUUUAUUCCUAUAUUUGGUGAAAGCAUUGAACUUUUACGUAAAUUAUUUUUCACAAAUAAAGGGCAACCUUUUAUUGUUUCUGGUUCAGGAACAUUAGGAUGGGAUAUGGUCGCUUCUAAUUUGGUGGAACCUGGUGAAGAUGUUUUGGUGUUAAAUACCGGUUACUUUGGAGAUUCUUUUUACGAAUGUUUGAAGGUUUAUGGGGCAAAUGUUACUCAAGCCAAAGCUGAAAUUGGAGAUCAACUUUCUCUUAAAACUAUCGCUGAUAUUUUGAUUUCCAAGAAAUUCAAAGCGAUCACGAUUACUCAUGUUGAUACAUCGACUGGAGUACUCGUGGAUGUUAAAGCUAUUGCAGAAUUAGUAAAACAAAAAUCACCCGAUACAUUGAUUAUAGUUGAUGGUGUGUGUUCAGCCGGAGCAGAAGAAAUUCGUGUUGAUGAAUGGGGUUUGGAUGUUGUAUUAACGGCAAGUCAAAAGGCAUUAGGCGUUCCACCAGGAUUAUCAAUUGUGAUUGCUAGUGAAAGAGCGAUUGAAGUAUUCAAACAACGAAAAUCACCCAUCACAAGUUAUUAUGCUUCUUGGGCUCACUGGUUACCAAUCAUGAAUGCAUAUGAAUCCCGAAAAGGUGCUUAUUUUGCUACUCCACCUGUGCAGUUAAUUUAUGCUCUGAAUACAAGUUUAAAACAAAUUACUUCAAUUUCACUUGAGACACGCUUUCAACAACAUAAAGAAGCAAGUAAUCAUGUUAAAGAUGCUAUUGAAGCUAUGGGAUUAAAAUUUGUAGGAAUUCAAGCUCUAGAUCUUCUUCCUAAAGUUGCAGGGCGUGAUAUUUUAAUUGCAGGUGGUUUACAUAAAUCAAUUGCUUCCAAAUACUUUAGAAUUGGUCAUAUGGGUAUUAGUGUUACAGAACCUAAUCGAAGACAUAUAGAUAAAACUAUUGAAUCAUUAGAAAUAAGUUUGAAAGAAUUAGGAUAUAAAAAAUAA